GAGGGAUAUAGUUACUAAGUCAACUUUCUGUAAAGCUUUAUGGAAGUAUAGUUGAUUUACAAUGUUGUAAUAAUGCUAAGUCUAUUUAACAGGUUUUAUAACCAAGCUCUCUUUGAACAUGAAAAUGGCCUACUUGCUGCUUUAGGAGUUUUGUAUGCUCUAUAGUAUUUUUUUUUUUAAUUGAACUAUAGUUGACUUGCAGUAUUGUGUUUGCUCUGUAUACGUUUUUUGUAGCUUUGGGUAAAAAAAUCAUGGAACACAUGACAUCCAUUCUGUCUCCCAAUAAUUUAAGACACAUGACAUCCAUUCUGUCUCCCAAUAAUUUAAGAUCCACGAAAACUGGAGAAGAGGAGGAGAGAGAAAGAAGGGAAAUUAGUAUUUAUUAUGAGCUGAUAGAAGCCAGGGAUAGCACUAGGUAUCCUUGCAUAUAUCGUCUUAUUCGAGCCACAGGACCAUCCUGUGAGGUGACAUUACCCCCUUUUUACAAUCAAGGAAACAGGCUCAGAGAACUUCUGUAUGGAGAACUGAAUUUGAAUGCUCUUUCCGCUGUACCUGCGUGCAUCCUUCCCAGGGGCUUUUCAGGGCUACGUGUUCAUGCCCUCUAAGUUAAUAAAACUCUGGAUUCAGAACCAGGACACAGUUUUGAAAGUUUUGGGUACUUCCCGUCCAGUUUUCUGCAACAGAAAGUAGGGAUAACAACUGACCCCUUUUCCACUCCAAAAGAUUGACGUGUUAAUUAGGGAGCCAAAAUUAGCUGGUAGUCGCAAAGAGAAUGAACCACGACUCUUAACACGCCCACAGAGGCUGACUCCGGCCAGGGACAGCUCCCGCUUGGGGCGGAGGUGACCUCGCAGGUCUGCGGCCAAGUAGGGAGCUCCCGGACCGCGCCUCUCUCGCGGUCCGUCCAGGGACUUGUAGUUCCCGUCAGGCGCGGGCGCGCCCGGGCGUGGGGGACGCGCGGCUCUCCUACUACAAGUCCCGUGAUGCUCCGGGGCGCCGCUGCAACUGCGUGCUGAGGCCGCGGGGCGUGCGGGCGGCGCGGGCGGCGCGGCGGCGGAGCAGUAAAGAUGGCUGCGCGUGGGUCUCCGCCCUCCUCUCCCGGCUGAAGCGCUCGGAGGCGGCGGCGGGGCGGCUCGGAGCAGCGGCGUUAUGGCAGAGCUGGAGCACUUGGGCGGGAAGCGGGCCGAGUCGGCGCGGGCGCGGCGGGCCGAGCAGCUGCGGCGCUGGCGGGGUUCGCUGACGGAGCAGGAGCCCACCGACCGGCCGGGCGCGGGGCGGCAGCCGCAGAGUCGGCGCGCGGGCCCGCGGGUCCGCUUCGAGGACGGCGCCGUGUUCCUGGCUGCCUGCUCCAGCGGAGACACCGACGAGGUGAGGCGGCUCCUGGCCCGGGGCGCCGACGUGGACACGGCCAAUGUCGACGGCCUGACAGCCCUGCACCAGGCUUGUAUUGAUGAAAAUCUGGACAUGGUGAAGUUUCUGGUGGAGAACAGAGCCAACGUAAACCAGCAGGACAACGAGGGCUGGACACCCCUUCAUGCAGCGGCUUCCUGUGGCUACCUCAACAUAGCAGAAUAUUUCAUUAACCAUGGAGCCAGUGUGGGUAUUGUGAACAGUGAAGGUGAAGUUCCCUCUGACCUCGCAGAAGAGCCUGCCAUGAAGGACCUGCUUCUGGAGCAAGUGAAGAAGCAAGGAGUCGACCUGGCGCAGUCCCGGAAGGAAGAGGAGCAGCGGAUGUUGCAGGACGCCCGACAGUGGCUGAACAGUGGGAAAAUAGAGGAUGUAAGGCAAGCCUGCUCCGGGGCCACCGCCCUGCAUGUGGCCGCCGCCAAGGGCUACUCUGAAGUCCUCAGACUCUUGAUUCAGGCUGGCUAUGAACUCAAUGUUCAGGAUCAUGACGGCUGGACCCCCCUCCACGCGGCUGCACACUGGGGGGUGAAGGAGGCCUGCUCCAUCCUGGCGGAAGCCCUCUGUGACAUGGACGUCAGGAACAAGCUGGGCCAGACCCCGUUUGAUGUGGCCGACGAGGGUCUUGUGGAGCACUUGGAGAUGCUCCAGAAGAAGCAGAGCGUGCUUCGAAGUGAGAGAGAGACACGGAACAAGCUCAUUGAGUCAGACCUGAACAGCAAGCUGCACAGCCGGCUCUUUAAGAACAAAGAGAAGACGCUCUAUGAGGAGGAGACACGCAAGUCCCAAGAGAUGGAGGAUGAAGACAAAGAGUCCAGCAGUUCCAGCUCAGAGGAUGAAGAUAAAAAGCCAGAAGCCACUGUCAACCAUUCCCACUCUGGAAGUAAGAGCAGCGUCGUGGAGCAGAUACCAGCACCAGCACAGAACACCUUCACCACCUCUUCAGCCAGGAGAUUCUCCAGCCUCUUCAACAAGUCGGAAGAGCCCAAAGAUGAGUCUCCCUCUUCGUGGAGGCUGGGACUCAGGAAGACCGGCAGCCAGAGCACGCUGAGCGAGCCGGCCACUGCCAGGGAGGCCCUGCGGGACCGCGGCCCAUCCGUCUGCCGCUCGGCAUCCAGUCCCCGCAUUUCUGCUCUGUUGGGCGACAGGGAUAAGGAGAGAGAAAACAAAAGCUAUUUCAGUUCCCUAGUGCCCCGGAGGCUCAGCAGCACCCCCGACCCUGAGGAGAAGGAGAACAGGGAGUCAGCGGCUAACCUGGUGAGGAGCGGCUCCUACACGCGGCCACUGUGGAGGGAUGAGGUCCCGCAGACACCUGCCCCGUCCACCUGCGUGUCCACCUACCUGAGAAGGACCCCCUACAGAUCCCAGGCUGACACCACAGCAGAGAGGACAGCGGACAGCAUCUCUUGCAGCACCCCGCUCAGUGUGAUCACGAACCGCCCCCCACCCAGCACUGCCAAUGGGGUUACGGUGGCUGCCGUGCUCUCCGCUCCUGGAACGGACUCCGCUGUGGAAGCCAGGGACAGGAGGAGGUCGUGUCUGACCCCUGUGCGCGAUGAGGAGGCAGAGUCGCUACGGAAAGCACGUUCCAGACAAGCUCGGCAGACUCGGAGGUCUACGCAAGGUGUGACGCUGACGGACCUUCAGGAGGCAGAAAGGACUUUCAGCCGGGCGAGAGCAGAGCGCCAGGCGCAGGAGCAGCCUAGCCCGGAGCCUGGGCCCCCAGCGGGACUCGAGGGUGGCACCCAGAAGCACGAGCCCUCAGCAGCCCCUGCAAAGGAAGCUGGAGAGAGCCAGUCACCCUGGGGCCAGAGUACGGACGAGGAGCCUGUGUAUCGUCGCCUGAGGGGUCCAGCUCAGCCAGACAAACCCACGAGCCCAGUGUCUUCUGCACCACAAUCCUCUCUCUACACGGGUCCCCACCUGCUCCGGAAAAGUAGGUCUUCAGCCCCCGAUCCUGAGAGCUCAGAGGCCACCACGGGCACUGCAGUUGCAAAGGAAAUGGACAGAAAUGAGGGCGAUGAAGUGGGUGUGGACGAUCAGUCCACUAACAGGCUGUCCGCUCGGGAGAGGAGGCGGCCCAAGGAGCGCCGGAGAGGCACAGGCAUCAAUUUCUGGACGAAGGACGAUGAUGAAACCGAUGUCUCAGAAGAGGUGAAAAAAGCAUGGCAUGACAGACUUUCUAGGUUGGAAUCAGGAGGCAGCGAUGCCGGCGGGGAGCGGGCGUCAGCGCGAGCCCGCCGGGAGGCCCGCCUCGCCACCCUGACCGGCCGCGCGGAGGAGGAGAACAGCGGCAGGGACUAUAAAAAGCUGUACGAGAGUGCCCUGGCAGAAAACCAGAAACUGAAGACAAAACUUCAGGAGGCCCAGCUGGAGCUGACAGACGUGAAAGCCAAGCUGGAAAAGAUGGCCCAGAAACAGGACAAGACCCCUGACCGGUCGUCGGUGCUGGACGUGGAGAAGCGGGAGAGGCGAGCCUUGGAGCGGAAGAUGUCGGAGAUGGAGGAGGAGAUGAAGAGCCUCCACCAGCUAAAACAGAUUCAGACCUUGAAGCAGAUGAACGAGCAGCUGCAGGCUGAGAACAGGGCCCUGACCCGAGUUGUGGCCCGGCUCUCGGAGUCCACGGAGCCCGCGGAGCCCCAGGGGCCCUAGUCCCCCUCCUGCACCUCAUGUCCCUCCUCCUCCGCUCCAGGUCCUGACGGAGCUGAAGUCCGACAACCAGAGGCUGAAAGAUGAGAACGGCGCCCUCAUCAGGGUCAUCAGCAAGCUGUCCAAGUAGUGGGGGGCACCUGCUGCCACCCCUGGGGCCCUCGUCCAGCCACCUCCGUCCUGGUGCCCCCCCUGCAGCCCCACCCUGGGUCUUGGGCAGUUGUCACUGAAGCCUGACUGCAAUCCUUGGAGCCAUGGGAGCCACUGGGAGAAGGCCAUGGAGUCACCAGGCCCAGCUGCCACCUCGCCCCCAGCUGUGCAUCCACAUCGGAUUUGGUCCAGGCGUGUGGGGCCUCCACUGGAAGCAACGCCCUGGACCUGAUGCUGGGCAGCGGCUCUGACGUGGGGGCUGUCCAGCGCCAGGAGAACAGGUGUUGGGACACCCUUGGGGACCCCAGGGUGAUAGCAGCUGUGGUCCUCAUCUCUCAGGAACUGACUUGUCCCCAGCUGCCCUCUGCCGGUGGUGGUGUCUUUUCACCAACAGCCCAGUAACACCCGACUGGUCUUAAGCUUGUUCCCGCGUGUCUGGCCCGCUCCCCAGGGCGCGGGUGACCUGGCCCGUUCCUUCCUACUCUCCUCUAUCCGUCAGCUGCACUGCACAUGCCCCGGGUGUAGACACACCACCGGCCUCUCCCUGCACAGCCAGGCGUGCUCUCCAGCCCACGUGCCUCCCCCGCACAGCAGUUCCUUACCAGGAAGUUGGGCCGUGAGCACCAUCUGCGUCCCUCCCUUGGCCUUGACCUCGACCUCAGGGGCAGUUGCUGGGAGGGCGCAGGGCACAGGCAGCUGUGAGCAGAGUGUCUGAGACCCCUGCACCCCAACGCAGGGACACAGAGCACCGUGCACAGGGUGGGGUGCUGGCUUUGGGGGAGACGCUGGUUCUCCUAGACCCCACCACAGGGAUGACCUGUCCACAGAGGGCAAGGGUGAGACACAGGGACCCCUGCCCCCACAGCUCGGCCACAGUCGGGAGGCCUCUGACCAGAAGAAAGCUGCCCUGCUUGAGGUGAGAUCCUCCUGGGCCCGUGGGUCAGCCCACCUGGCACACUCUUCGCUUCUGUUCUGUCCCGGCCGUCCUCCUCCUGUGCCCUGAGGCUGCCUCCUAAGAUGUCUUGCCAGACCUCAGGGGUCGCCUGGCUUCAGUCCUGUGCCCAGUUCAGUCCGUUCUCGAGGCCCCAGUGCUAAUACCCGAGUGUCCGCUUUCUCUAAGAGUGCACUCCUUCGCUGGUUUGAGUGUGCAGGUCGUCUGAGUGUUGCUGGUGACAUUCGGUGUGUGGGGGUCUGUCUGGCUUUUCUUUCUUUCCAGAAAGUGGCAGUGUAGCUCUCUAGGGUCCUCAGAAAUACCACACGCUCGUUAAACUGGAGCUGCCACCCAAGCCCCGGAUCCCAGAAUAGGACACCGUCCCCUCUGGCAGAAGCCCUUUCUUAGGGGGGCAUGAAACUAACACACCCACCUUUUUCCGGGUACGAUUGUGGUAAGGGUUUGUGUCGUCCUGAGACCUGCAUUAGCAAAGCGCCGCGUGUUCCUGGGUCUGGGGAGGGGAGGUGACACGGGCCUCUGGCCUCACACUCCCAGCACAUCCUGGACUUGGGCAGGGGCUGCCUUUUCAGGAAAAGAGGAUUGAAUGGCCAGGAAGUCACCUGGACCCGCUUGUAUUAGACCAGGCGGAGGGGUUUCAGGCCACUCUCAGCUCUGUGUGUGCCUUUUGGGGGUGAGAACUGGGUCGUAGGGCCUGAGGUGGUGACAGUAUGGACCAGCCCUAUGACCUCAGGGCCUUCCUCACACAGCUGGCUCUCUCUCGCAGAAUCCAGUUCUGGUCUCUUUCCAGAGACUCGGAUUCAGUUUCUUCAAGCCAUGCUGUCCCUGAGGUGAUGGCCUUGGGCCUGGUGGCAGCUGGGGGCUCUGCCCGUCACAUUAGCACCCAGACAGGAUUCAGCAUUGGGGUGGGUCCUCGUUCUCCUUGGAUUGCUGUUUCCUGGAUCAGGCCAUCCUGAGAGUCUCUGCUGAGGCUUCACCUCCAUCCCCAUCCAGUCCUGGGGACCCCGUGUGGCCCCCUGCCUCUGGCAAGUCUCUCUGCCACCCCUGCAUCCGCCUGCCCUCUGCCCACCUGCUCCUCUUGGGGCCUCCCACCCCCGCUCCGUGUCCAAGACCCAGGUGCACAUCUGGCCCUGAGCCUCUGGAGAGGGACUCAGGGCUCUGUUUGCGGUCAUUUCGCCCACUUCCCUGCGCUGAGCACACCAGAGGCAGCACAAGCUCCAUUCGGGAAGAAGGGAGCUGAAGUGGCACUUAAGGCCCUUGGACUCCAGGAGGCGGGAGCCCUGCAGCUUCUCCACUGGGGCCUUGAAGGAGCCAGUGGGGGCAAGCAGCUCGUGUCCGCCUCUGGGUUUCUGCCCUGGUGCCACCUUUGCCACCCGUGACUCGGACAAGGGCCGGGGUGUGAAUCCAGGCCAAGGGUGCUCCUGUGGAUGGUGAGAGGCGCCUCCAGCCACCUUGCUCCUCAAGGGGAAGCCAGCAGGGGGUCCCCACUUCUACCCGCUGCCACCGGGGGAGCCCCUGGACCCCUGGCCUCCCGCCCUCCACCCAGCACCUGAGCCACAUCAGUCACAAUGGCCCUGCCCCCGUCCCACCCGUCACAGCUGUGCGCUCAGCCCCACAUGGGGUUCAGCAGCUCCAGGGGUGUGAGGCCCCCUGGACGUGGGGGCAGCCAUGAGGGCAGAGGGGGGCAGUGCAAGAGGAUGGCGCUGCUGCCUUAGGGGCCUUGUGACCGGGUAUGAGCCCAGGUAGGGCUGGCUGGUCUUUGGGGAGGAUCUAGGCUUGAAGUGCUAUGGGCUGUUUAUUCCUUAGGAAGAUCAGAACUUUUCUUAAACUCAGGAUUCUUGCUCUGACUUCUUGAUGCAAACCACGUGCAGAAGUUGGGAGUGGAUUUAACCCCGAGGGUGACCCUCCUGGGCUUGGAGGAACAUGGACACCAGCGGGGUUGGAAGGGGGUUCUGGUGGGAGCUGAGCACAACCCCACCUUAGGCAGUGAGAGGCCCUUCUGGAAUGAAAACUCAUCCCUGGCUUCUGGGGAGCCAUCAGAUCUGGACCUGGGCUGUCGGAGGGGGAGAGGGCAUGGCAGGGAGUCUACACGGCCAGGGAGGGGCCCUGGGGGAGGGGCCGCCCCCUAGAGCCCUUGUCCCCCAGCCUCUUGCAGAGACCGCUCAGCUCCCUGGCAGGUUGGGCUCAGGAGCAGCAGAGCCUGCCAAGGACACUGACAGUUGCUCUUGCUCUGAUUAGACUGAAGACAGAUCACCUUCAUGGCAGCCCGGGAAUUGCCAUUGUCACCACUCCUUGGGAAUGAGGUGGACUCUGGGGGCUGAGAAAGGCCAAAUUGAGAGUCCCGACAGCCAGCUGCAGCCGUGUGGAUGGUGCAGUCACUCCCAGAGGAGCUGUGGGGGACGUGGGGUUGAACUAGGUGUCCCAGGAGCCCCUCCUGGGAGAACUGUCUGCAGACGGGCACCAGCGAGGGCUGUUCCGACCUCACCUUGGAAGCUUUAGCACCUUGGGCGCCACUCUUGCUUCCAGCCUGUGUGCACACGCGCAUGCUUGCUGCACAGACAUUUCAGAACAUGGUCUGAUCGCCCAGCUUCAGCCAAAUGUGUUAUUCUGUUAACUCCUAUCUUUUGUCUCUCCUCCCUCUGUCCCCAGAGCUUCUCUCUGAGCUUCUCCAGUUCAUCUGCUUAUCAUUUUGGACAGUGGAGCUGCCGGAGGGAAUUUUGUUACUCCCCCAGGUUUCCCCUAACGUUCCCAGUGGACUUUUCCCAGCGCGGCCCUUUAAGGGACCUCAGGCUCCUGUCCUUCCAGCGUGAACCCCCCUCCCCCUCCCUCUCUCGUCCUCCACACUUUGUCCUUGAUCCUCCCAGUUGGAGCAACGAUGCUUGAGAGGGGAGCGCAGUCAGCGCCGACUCUCCAGGCUCCGAAGCGCCCCAGCCAUGCCACCUGCCCUCGGAGGUGAGGUUGGCCCGAGGUCUGGCCAGGGCGACCCCAGGCAGCCCCACCUGGUCUGCUCAACCCUGUUUGCAGCAGGACAGUGGGAAAACCGAGCUGCAUCGGUGCGUCCGGCGCAGCAGGUCGGCUGUGGUUGCUUCACAGGAGCGGAUUCGGGGAGUCUAGGCCUGUGGGUGCAGCCAGGCCCUGGGGAGACAGGAUGGAGGGAAGGGUGGGGGCUGCAGCCCAGGACCCCGGGGCGGGAGGGGAGGCUGCAAAGGCUCCUGUUCCUGCUGAGUGUUCAGACCCAGGCAGCAACUUCAUGGUGCCCCCCACACAUACCGUGGCCUUGGUCAGGCAGGUGGAAAGUGGGUACUUCAGGGGUAGUGUUUUGUCUCCCAUCACUUCACCCUGGUCCCCUCUCCCUCCCGUGAAAGUUCCCAAUGGGACUGUUUCUCUUGGCUCCUUGUAAAUACACCUGGGUGGGUGGGGGUUCAGGGAGGGGCCCAGAUUCGCUUUGUGAGCUGAAUGUAUUUUUAUGCAAUUUUGAGUGGCCUUUCAACCCUGAGAUGAAUGACUGUGUUUCACUGGUUAUUAUAUAGUAUUAUUAAGUAUUAUGUGUUUUGAAAGUUUGGAAAUAAUAUUCACAUCUAUAUGAUGCCUGUAAACACAACAGUAUUUAUAAAUGAGUAAAUUAAACUGUGUUUUACCUUUG